UUAUACUGAGCUGUAAUUGGCCGGCAACACUCAUGUGGGCGGGGACUGGCACCAAAAAGCUGGUGAGCAACUGAGGGCUAGUCACUCCCGGGACCCGAGUCUUUCCUUCCUGUCACAUCCCAGUGGCCACGUCCCUUCGCUUGUGCCAGAAUGGCUGCUCGCAGCUUGCUGUGGAGGUCUGGGACCUUCAGUCUUAUCAUCCUCCCUUUACUGCUUGUGCCCUGCCCGGGGGCAGCACAAACUACUAACACUAAUGCUUCUGUUUUGGAAACUACAGACUCCCCUUCCACAGACCGUUCUACUCCAUUCUUGAAGACUUCUAGCAAAAGUGACAACUUGAGCUCUUUAGCUGCAGCCCCUCAAAUGACAAAUGUCUCCUUAAAUGCAAGUGGCAGUUCACUUAACACAGUAGAACUUGAAAUCAAUGCCACGCUUAAUAAUAAUAAUAAUAAUACUUCAGAGAAAAGCCCAACAUCAGCUAGUAGCACUUCUUCAGUUGCAACGCAACAAGUGACCAAGAAGACUGCAAGUUCAGUUACUACAUCUUCUCUUCUUUCCACUCUGAUCAAAAUGACUUCUCCAACAGUUGCCAAGCCAUCGGAAGAGUCAGAAAUUGAAGAUGAAAACUUUUUGAUUGAUGAGAAGAGCACAAUGGUUAGCUCCAUGUCACCUACAAAGGAGUCUACAGAUGGAGAUCCCAGUCCCAAUGAGGGUUUGGAUAGCAUAGACUAUGAAGCAACAACUUUUGAUAAAGAUGAUGAAGAUACUGGUGAUGAACAGUUUAAUCAAAAUGAAGAUGAUGAUGCUGACAACUAUGAAACAAACUAUAGGGAAGAUAUAACAAGUAUUUCAGAAUCUAAUGAAGACAGCCAUUUUUUCUUACACUUGGUUAUAAUUGUCUUUCUGAUUGCUUUUGCAUACAUUGUCUACCACAACAAAAGAAAGAUCUUCAUCCUAUUGCAGAGCAGACGGUGGCGAGAAUCUCUUUGUUCUAAAAAUGCGGGCUACCGCCGCUUGGAUCAGAAUGUGAAUGAAGCAAUGCCUUCAAUUAAAGUUACUGACCGUUACGUAUUUUGAGGCGCUCAAAUAUUUACUCCGCUGGAUUGAUAUUUGUUUUUGCCUAUAGGCUACACAGCCAUUGAACCAAUGAUUAGGUGUAACUGCACUUUUUUCGAAUGAUGAUAUUGUUUACAAGCUAUACUGUGUAGUACAUCAGAUUGUUUUAUCUUUAACUUUUCUGAACUGAUAAUUUGAAUGUAAAUUCAUAAUUAUAUUUAAUAGUUAUUGACAACAACUGGACUUUAAAGCAUAAUCAGAAAUUUGAGCUAACCUUUUCUCUAUAGUAAGCACAUGUCAUAGAUCUUCUGCAGCUACAGAACCCUAGUGGCACGUACCUUCUGGUACCUGGCAGAUACAGUGUUCUGCUCAUUCAUUAGCCACCGAUGUCAGUGUCACAUGUGCAGAGUGCUUUUAUUGGCGCUUGUGCCCAAAAACCGUAGUGUCCCAGCAGAGACAGAGCAUGUCCUGGGCUUCCAAACACCCACUUGCAAGGACUGUCAAAAGUGCAGGAUGAGCAAAGGUACCGGGUGAUGUUGCUGGGAAGCAGUUUUUAUUUUAUGAGACUACGGUACUCAGCCCAGAGAUAUAAGUACAUUCUAUAAUGGAACUGAAAGCUUGGAGGUGUUGUUUGGGCUAUCAAAGGUUAUACUCUGGCAAAAUUAUGUAUUUAAGGACAAAAAUAAAAAUGUAUUUAAUUUUAACUUGGGAUAAUUAUAACUAGAAAUAAGUACAGGCAAUAGUAUCUCAUCAACAAAGGUGUCUCUUUUUGUGUUAUUCCCUACUUAAACACAUGGUAAAUAUCAGCCAAUUGUGAACCACUUUAAGUGGCAAUCCACACAUAUAUGCUGAUUUUGUAGAUCCCUCUACUUGAAAAAUACUAAGGUUGAAAGAUUAAAGAAAAGUUAAAAUUUA